AUGGGAUAUCGUGACCAGCUAGAGAAACUAGCUGACCGCGAGAAUGAAAUUGAGCACCACAUGCUGGAGAAAAGAGUCGGUGUAAGUGCCCUUCUUCACGAAGGGAGAGAGGACGUUGUCGUAGUUCCGGCUGUCUCUGAGCUCCAGCUUCCGGGCCUUGAUGCCAAGUUGGAGCCGUCGACGUGCGCGACGCUGCACGUGAGCGUGGCCUCCAUGGCAACUUGGAGCCACUUGUUGAACCGCCAGACAAACUCGAGGAAGAUGAAGCGAUGGAGGCUGGCCACGGCGGCGCUGUCGAAGGCGAUUGCGGAGGCGUUCUCCAGGAGGUCGAGUGCGAGCGUCUCCGGGUCCUUGCCGAAGGGACUCGUAAACUCGAUAAUGAUUCUUGUUCUUGCUUGCUUCAUUGCUGGGUGUGUGGCAGCUUCAAAUUACAGCGUCACGGACUUCGGAGCGAAAGGAGAUGGCGUAACAGAUGACACUAAAGCGUUCUUGGAUACAUGGAAUGCAACAUGUCAGAGUUCUGUAUCCUCCAUUCUCCUCAUCCCGGCAGGGAAGACGUUCCUGUUGAAUCCCAUCGUCUUCCAGGGUCCCUGCCAGUUUUACGUCCGUGUUCAGGUAUUGCGUCUGCUUGUCGCCGUCAGCAAGUUGAUGGAGACAUCAUACGGCCCAGCCAACUCUGGGGAGGAAAAAUUGAUCACUGGUUACUGUUCAGCCAUAUCGAUCGCCUGUCUAUCGUCGGAUCCGGGAAGAUUGACGGUCAGGGAGCCGCUUGGUGGUCGUGCAAGACCAAUCAAGUUAGCGUUUCGUCCUCUCCACUUUCCUGUUUUUGUUUCCGACACUCUCAGGUCAACGCAGCUCAUCCUGCUUUCUACGUGCCUUCUCUUCCUUCGGUUUCUGCCGCAGCAAUGCUCUGUUGCUCCCAACACGCUAGCUUUGCUGUUCUGCAGCAGAGCGCUGGUGGCUGAUCUGAGGCUUAUCAACAGCCCCCAGAUGCACCUAGUGGUGGGUUUCAGCUCCACAAUCCGCAUCACCGGUGUUACCAUCACCGCCCCCGGCGACAGCCCCAACACCGACGGCAUCCACAUCCAACAGAGCCAUCACGUCAACGUCUCCGACUCCACCAUUGGUACAGGAGACGACUGUAUAUCGAUAGGCACUGGUUCUUUCCAUGUUAAUGUCAGCUGGGUAACAUGUGGCCCUGGCCAUGGCAUAAGCGUUGGUAGCCUGGGAAUGAACAACUCUCGUGCGGAAGUGUCGGAUAUCCAGGUUGGUCAUUGCAACAUAUCUAGCACAAUGAAUGGCGUAAGGAUAAAGACAUGGCAGGGAGGAUAUGGUUAUGCAAAGACGAUAAUAUUUGAGAAUAUCAACUUCACUGCAGUGAAGAAUCCUAUAAUAAUAGAUCAACACUACUGUGCUACCGGUGUCUGCGCCGAGAAGUCGUCAGCUGUGCAAGUGACUGAUGUGCGAUUCAUCGAAGUAAGAGGCACAUCAAGCAGCCAGGUAGCGAUCAACUUAAACUGCAGCCAAAACGUGGCCUGCACGGGCAUCACCAUCCAGAAUGUUGAGAUCCAACCUGCACAGCAAGGAGGGCAAGCAUCAUCUUACUGCUUCAACGCCCAUGGAACAGUGACCGGUGUCGCCAUGCCUGCAGUUCCUUGCUUGAUGCCAUGA